AUGUCAGCAGAGCCAGAGUCAGCGCCAAAUGGCGACAGUGGAGAUGCUCGCGAUCCUUCCGGCUUCUUGAGCGAAAUCAUCGGCGCGCCUGUCACGGUGAAGCUUAAUUCUGGAGUGGUAUACAAAGGCGAACUCCAGUCCGUGGACGGGUAUAUGAACAUUGCAUUGGAGGACAGCAAAGAAUUCGUGGACGGGAAGCUGAGAAGAAAUUAUGGAGAUGCGUUCAUACGAGGGAAUAAUGUGAUGUACAUUUCUGCAGAUGCAGCGCAAUGA